AAACGUGCCGAAACGGGGAGGUACUAUCUGGAAACACUGGAAACAGUCAAACACUCAUUUUCGUUUUACGUUGCUCAACAUUUUAAAACGUUUUCCUUUGCAUGCCCUUAUCAAUACGACCAUGUAGUACCCAGUAAUAGCGAGUCAACGUCAGUUGUGUUCCACCACAGUGUGUAUCGGCAAAAUGUUAGGUCAUACUGAAUCGGGCUGGUACAGUGAUGUGAUUGGACUGGGGCUGGUUAAAGGGCUUAGUGGCUAGGGGCUGAAAACACACCAGACCAGGAUAUUGAAUCCUACUCUCGUUAGUAGCAGGGAGACAGAUAUUGAUAGCGCGUCGAUUCCACCAUCACUGAUCGGUUGAGGGACGAGCGUCGCGUAGGAGUGAUACGAUCUGACGUAAGACAAUGACUGAUCUGUAGAUAGAUUGAUCAAGAAGUGUGAUUGAAGGAAUUUCUUUGAGUGAUGUGAAGUGUCUGAGUGGGCCAUGGUGACUUCUAACCAGGCUCUGAAGGCAGUAGGCCUGUUCAUAGCAUAUCUACUAAAGUCCAUCACAGACCUGUUCCUCACCAAGCCUUUGUGGGCCAACCUGAAGGUUCUGGAGGAGACUGACUUCAAGACCACCGGAGGAAUUUAUGAGACGUAUAAGGCCAAAGCUCUGUGGGAGAAGACUGGGGCAGUGAUCAUGGUGGUACGACGCCCUGGAUGCUUGUUGUGCAGAGAGGAGGCCAUUGAGCUGUCCUCUCUGAAGCCCCAGCUAGAGGAGUUGGGGGUCCCUCUCUUAGCCGUGGUCAAAGAGAACAUUGGCCAAGAGCUGGAUGCCUUCAAGACAUUUUUUACUGGGGAAGUCUAUGUAGACCAGAAGAGAGCAUUAUACGGUCCUGUGGAGCGUUGGAUGUUCCUGUCUGCGUUGCUGCGUAUCGGGGUGUGGAGGAGCCUGUGGAGGGCCUAUAGGAAGGGCUGCACAGGAAAUAUAAUCAAAGGAGAAGGUCUUGUACUGGGGGGAGUGUUCGUCAUUGGGCCCAAAGAUCAGGGUAUUCUGCUUGAGCACCGUGAGAAGGAGUUUGGGGAUAAAGUCAACCUGCUGGCUGUACUCAGAUCAGCCAGGAAAAUUCAAGACGGCUUGGCUACAGCCAAAUAGUUUACACAAACAGCUUAAAGUCCCCAUGCAGUCUUUUUAAUUGUAUUUUUAAAUCAUCACUGUAUGUAUAAAAAAAUCACUGUGUGUGUGUUUAUUUCAUGAAAAUAACUUUAGUAUCAUUUAUUGCCCUGAGCCUCCUUUUGCCAUUGAAAUGUAAAUAUAUUUACAUACACAGCACUGAUUUGCCGGAUAGAAUCGUCUGGACCAUAGAGCCUACCCCACUUACCCCUUCAAACUAGGAGGAUACAUAUGCAAAUAAAAGAUGACUGGUCAUUGGUCAGAAUAAUCAGAUCUGAUUGUGAAUUCAUGAUCAGGCAUUCUUUUCAAACAGCUCUUACACAAAAAGGGCAUUAUCAUUAUUUUCACAAUUUCAGUGUUAUUUCGACCUCAUAGUGUGGAAAUAUCAUUUUAAAAAACAGGAAAAUCUAAUUGUUUUGGUCUAAAAGCACAUGCAUUCAUUGUUCUUUAGCCAUUUAACACAGUAGUUUUGGUUCUUUUAUGCAGGAAUGACUUUCCACUCACGUGUGUUAGCCUCUCAUUGACCAUAAGUGUGCACUUUUGUGUCAAAUGUAUAGUCUAUAGUGAAUGUAUUUGUGCUACUUCACAGUAUGUCUGUCAGUCUCUGUGCAUAUAACUUUUAUUUUAGAUUGUACUUUUUUCUGUCAUUUUUCUGAUAUUUAUACAUAAUUGAAAUUGACCCAGCAGACCCUUUCCCUUUUUCAUUGUGCUGAACCUGUCCUGAUCUCAUCCCUGGACAUGUCCUGUCAAUAGUGCUGUGUUGUCCUGUGUACUGGUCUCACUACUGUCCAGUUGUAGUCAUGGGACUGUGUGGGUGUUAAUGAAGGUAUGUGUCUAAAUGAUGAGAGCUCAGGGCUGAUGCUUACACACUCAGUCACACUGCUCAAUAGACAAAGAUAGGGCUCGCUACCAGGAGAAUGCAUGAACUGUUACAAGGCAUUUGAGAAUAAUAAAGUAAUUAUUUAUCAAACCUUU